AACGUCUCGAGCCAUCGCAGAGCCCUAAAGCGAAGUCAGACGUUGUCGCCAGGAUUUACGCUGUCUCUUUUUGACUUUUAAACAUUUAAACGCGGAAUAUAAACGCUGUUUUUAUCGUUUUGAAGCACAGCUAAGGUGGCCUUCAGCACCUAGAGCAUCGCAUCUCCAAAGAAAACCAGAUACAAAGUGAAGAGGUUUUUUUUUUUUGCUCUCACCAAGAGCUGUUUUUCUCACCAUCUCUCGUCCCAUCUGUUGGAGCACUUGUGCCAAGGCUGUUUCAUAAGCGGGAAUCAUCAUCUCUUGUCUGCAUUACUUUGAGUGGCACUUUUUCUCAAGGUAAUUGCUGCCUUUUUUUUUUUGCAAAGACAGAUAUAUUUUUUUUUAGGAAAAUAGGAACUUUCUGACAACUCUCAAAGAGGGGCUCACAGCCCAAAUCUCUUUUAUCACUUUUUUUUUCUGCAGAAGAAGCAAUGAAUUUCUCUCCUUAGUUUUUUAAACUACCAGCCAAGAACCAUGAUUCACCUGUGUAUAAAUAGUAGUCCCACUUAAAUGAAAGUUUUUCCUGUUAUUCACCUCGGCUGACACCUUAAUAAAGCUGUUCCAGCCUCAUCCUACUCUAGUAUGAGUUAUGACAACUCUAAAUCAUUGCCCAGCAGCAGCACUCGGGGGCGAGUGGCAAGGGCCGAUAAGAAAGACAAUGACCAGGAAGCAGAGUCUGAAGGGUUAAACUCUCUGGAAACCAGCAGUGGUCAGCCCAGUGCCAAUGUCACCGCUCAGGAGCAAGGGAGUGGGAACGAAGGGAGCUCGUCUCCCAGCGUGGAGUCAGGGUCUGGAGGUUUGUCCAGGGACCAGAGAGGGCCCAACUCCGACGAUAUGGACGGACUCUCGAGCGGGAACGACUCCGGGGAGAGGGAGAGCGAGGGCGGGAUGGAGAGGGAUAAUGGGUCACGUGGACGCCAGUCCGUCCGCAGCUCCCACAGCUCGUCCAAUGGGAAGGACUCCGGCAUGAUGCUGGAAACCACUGAGAGCAACAAAAGCUCAAACUCCCAGAGUCUGUCACCUCCCAGCAGCUCGCUGGCCUACAGCCUGCUGUCCACCAGCUCGGAGCACGACCCCCCCUCCACCUCCGGCUGCAGCAGCAACCAGUCGGCGAGGGUCCAGACCCAGAAAGACCUGAUGAAGGCCAUCAAGGAGCUGAAGCUCCGCCUACCAAGCGAGCGCAAGGCCAAGGGCCACGCCAGCACGCUUAAUGCACUCAAAUACGCACUUCAAUGUGUCAAACAAGUCCGAGCCAACAAGGAGUACUAUCAUCAGUGGAGCGUGGAGGAGUGUCACGGCUGCAGUCUGGACUUGUCUGCCUUCACCAUCGAGGAGCUCGACAACAUCACCUCAGAGUACACCCUCAAAAACACUGACACUUUCUCCAUGGCCGUGUCGUUCUUGUCGGGGAAGGUCGUGUACGUGUCGCCUCAGGGCUCGUCCCUGCUGCGCUGUAAGCCCGAGUGUCUCCAGGGGACAAUGUUUUCUGAGCUUUUGGCCCCACAGGACGUCAGCACCUUCUACAGCAGCACGGCUCCCUGCCGUCUGCCCAACUGGGCCUCCUGCAUCGGCUCGGCCUCUCCUCCGGUGGACUGCACUCAGGAGAAGUCCAUGUUCUGUCGGAUCAGCGCCGACCGAGCGCAGGGCAGCGAGAUGCGCUACUACCCGUUUCGCCUCACGCCCUACCAGCUCACCAUCAGAGACUCAGAUGACGCUGAGCCACAGCCGUGCUGCCUGCUCAUCGCAGAGAGGGUCCACUCCGGAUAUGAAGCUCCUCGUAUCCCUCCGGACAAGAGGAUCUUCACCACCAGUCACACUCCUAGUUGCCUCUUUCAGGAAGUUGAUGAGAGGGCAGUGCCACUGCUGGGCUACCUGCCUCAGGACCUGGUGGGAACCCCGACCCUGCUCUACAUCCACCCUGAAGACAGACCCUUAAUGGUGGCUAUACAUGAGAAGAUCUUUCAGUUUGCAGGGCAGCCGUUUGACUACACUCCCCUGAGGAUGUGCGCCCGCAGCGGGGAAUAUCUGACCAUCGACACCAGCUGGUCCUCCUUUGUCAACCCCUGGAGCCGCAAGGUGGCGUUCAUCGUCGGGCGCCACAAAGUCAGAACGAGCCCUCUGAAUGAAGACGUGUUCACCACACCGCAGGGCUGCGAGACCCGGGCCACCACUCCCGACGUCGUCCAGCUGAGCGAGCAGAUCCACCGGCUCCUGGUGCAGCCGGUGCACAGCGGCAGCUCUCAGGGCUACAGCUCAAUCGGCUCCAGCGGCUCCCGAGGCUCCCGGCGUUCACACCAGCAGCACCUCAGCGCCGCCUCGUCCAGCGACAGCAACGGCCCCGCCAUGGACGAGGCUGCCGCCGUGAUCGCUUUGCACAAACCUAUGACGUUCCAGCAGAUCUGCAAAGAUGUCCACAUGGUCAAGACUAACGGACAGCAGGUUUUUAUCGAGUCCCGUAACCGUCCAACGCCCAGAAAAAACACCAGUGCAGGCGCAGCGAGCAUCAGAGCCAUCAACAGUGACCCAAUCAGAGGUUUGAUCGCCGACAUGACGAAACCUCCCAAAGCUCUGGUGCCUGCUCCGCUUGUCCCGAAGGAGCCUCCGACUGGCUACUCGUACCAGCAGAUCAACUGUCUGGACAGCAUCAUAAGGUACUUGGACAGCUGUAACAUUCCCAACACGGUUAAAAGGAAGUGUGGCUCCUACACGGCGUCCUCCACGUCUGACGACGACAAACAGCAGGAGGCGAGCAACAACCAAGGUGGUUCAGUUAACCUCGUAAGUGAACCACCUCCUCUGCCUCCCCUGACCAUGGCCACAAAGGCAGAGAGUGUAGCCUCAGUCACGUCGCAGUGUAGCUUCAGCAGCACCAUCGUGCAUGUGGGAGACAAGAAGCCACCCGAGUCAGACAUCAUCAUGGAGGAGGCUCCUACAACUCCCACUCUUGCUGCUCCCACAACAACGCCUACUCCUCCCACCAGCGGCCCGUCGCCUCCCGCUAACACAACGGUCCCCUUCCCUCCUCUGCCUCCCCCGCCUUCACCCCCUCAAGCCACUCAGCCCGAGAGGGACACCCGGAGAAGUGGAAGUGUAGGAGGAGGAGGAAGUGGAGGUGGUGCAGGAGGAGGAGGAAGUGGAGGAGGCCGGAUGGGUCUCACAAAGGAGGUGCUAUCCGCACACACCCAGCAGGAGGAGCAGGCGUUCCUCGACCGCUUCAAGGACCUCAGCAAGCUGCGAGUUUUCGAUCAGACGACGUCUUCAAAUCUGCGCUGUCAGACCGCGGCUGCAAACCCUCUGUCACGAGGAGUGCGUUGUUCUCGGGAUUACCCCGCGGCGGGAAGCAGCACCGGUCACAGACGUGGUCGUGGCGGUAAGAGACUGAAGCACCAGGAGUCGUCAGACCAGCACAGCUCCCUGGGUGUGAACGGGAGCCGGCGUGACCCCAGAACCGGCACAGCACCCGUACCGCUCAACGUGCCCAUCGCACCCCCGACAAACUCCUCCUCCUGGCCGUCUGUAGGCUCACAGGCCAGCAUCCCCGCCGCCCCGUUCGCUCCUGGUAUGCUUCCGAUCUACCCCGUUUACCCACCGAUCCCACAGCCCAUACCCGCCCAAGACCCGCUACGUUUCCCCCCGAACCAGAUGGUCCAACCCAUGAUGGCCCUGGUUCUGCCCAACUACAUGUUCCCCCAGAUGGGAACGCCCAUCUCUCAGCCGGGCGCCACCCCGGGACACUUCUACAACCCCAACUUUACAUACCCCCCCACCGCCCCAGCUCCCGCCCCUACUGUCAUCUCCAACCCCGUACCUGUCGCAGCCACCUGCGCCGCGUCUCGCAGCAGCACCCCGCAGUCCUACAGCCAGACGCCCGCUGACCGCGAGGGCGCAGAGUCGCCCCUCUUCCAGUCCCGAUGCUCCUCGCCGCUCAACCUGCUGCAGCUGGAGGAGUCGCCCAGCAACCGGUUAGAGGUCGCUACGGCGCUGGCAGCGUCACAGCAAGCCACGCCCUCUGUGCAGGGCGGUGCGGCCGGGGGACAGAGCGCCGCCAAUCAGGCCAGCUCUCAUGAUACCUCCAAGGAAAACGGUGAAGCUAAUGAGUCCAACAACGAUGCCAUGUCCACCUCCAGUGACCUGCUGGACAUGUUGCUGCAGGAGGACGCCCGCUCAGGCACCGGCUCCGCUGCCUCCGGUUCAGGCUCCUCCGGCACGAGGUCGUCGGGCUCAGGCUCCGGCUCUAACGGCUGCAGCUCCUCUGGCACCAGCGGCACCAGCAGCAGUCAGGGCAGCCACACCAGCAAGUACUUUGGCAGCGUCGACUCCUCGGAGAACGAUCAUUCCCGCAAACAGCCAGCAGGGGGCAGCAGCAGCGCCGGGGGAGACGGCGGCGAGGAGCAGUUCAUCAAGUGCGUUCUGCAGGAUCCCAUCUGGCUGCUGAUGGCCAACACCGACGACAAGGUCAUGAUGACCUACCAGCUGCCUGUCAGGUACGACACUGGGCAAAAUGUGACCACACGACACAGCAGCUUAAAAAAGGAGCAAACUGCACUCAGCUGCAAAACUUAA